AUGGAGCGCGUGCUCGCCGUCGGGCUCUGGUGCGCGCACCCGGACCGGAGCCAGAGGCCGGACAUCAGGCACGCCCUCAAUGUGCUGCGGUUCGACGCGCCGCUGCCGAUCCUUCCGGCCAAGUUUCCGGCCGUCGCAGCACACCUUCAGCCUGUGGCCAAUGCGUUGUUUGAUUCUGCAACCGGCAGCUGCGGCGCACCUGUAAUCAGUGCGGGCAUUGAGCUGGUUUGA